GAAAAUAAGAUCUGAGCAUGCGCCGUUUACGUCUCGGACAACGACGUGCUUUCCACGAGCCAUAGCCGAUUAAACUAGUUUAAAUAGUGUAACAAAGAAGUGCGUGAUACAUGCAGACUAAAGGCAGUUGUAUUGUGACAAUAUAUUUGAACGUUUGAAUGGUGUACCCGGAGAUAAAAUACGAGACGUGUACUUUUGGCGAGCUACAUUAGACAAACUGUUGUGUGUUUGUUUGUGUGGUUUCGCUAGCUAGCUAGCAGCUAACGUCAGAGGAAAGCAGGUGAACAUGCUGGUUAGUUUUAACGAACAACUUUAACUUGCAGCAUGGGGAGAAAGAAGCAGGGCACGUUUGUGCGCCCAGGCAACAAGGGCAAAGAAAAAAGGCAUAAAAUGAAGGGGAAAACCUUAGAGGCCUUUACAGAAGAAAUGCACACUGCUUUUGAAGCAAGUCUUCACCUAGAGGAGGGAGCAGAGGCCCCUCAGGUGAAGAUGCCUUGUCCACUUGCCAUGUGGGAGUUGGGUCACUGUGAUCCCAAACGGUGUACUGGAAGAAAGUUGGCACGCAAGGGCUUUGUACACAACCUGCGCCUCAAUCAGAGAUUUAAUGGACUCAUACUGAGUCCGAUGGGCACAAAGUAUGUGACCCCAGCAGACAGAGAGAUUGUGGCUAAGAAUGGUAUAGCAGUGAUCGAUUGUUCCUGGGCUAAACUGGAGGAGACUCCCUUCAAUAAGAUGGUGGGAACUCAUCCCAGGUUACUGCCAUUCCUUGUAGCUGCAAACCCGGUCAACUACGGCAAGCCUUGCAAGUUGUCCUGUGUUGAGGCUUUUGCUGCCACGUUCUGCAUUGUCGGUUUCAAAGAACUAGCAAUGCUCUUGUUGAAUAAAUUCAAGUGGGGGACAGUGUUCCUGGAUCUCAAUAAAGUUCUGCUGGACCGAUAUGCUGCAUGUCAGUCAGAGGAAGAGCUGCUCGCUGUAGAAAAGGAAUAUCUCACGUCUGAACCAGUGGAGGAGGAGUUCGAUCCAUUUGAUGUUAACUCUGGAGUAAAAUGUGGGAAUCUCAACAGACGUCUGUGUGCACCUGAAGAUGAGGAUUCUAGUGGGGAUACGGACACCUCGGAGGAUAACGAAGAUGAUGAAGAAGAAGAUGAAAAAACAGAGAGCAACAUUGAGUCAAUACCAGUAGGCCUAUCACAUCAUCACGAAGAGGAAGAGACUGGAUCAAAGUUGUCACAAUAAAGCCUAUUUCAACUAUGGAUUUUUACUACAAAGACUGGCAACACUUUUUCAACACUCAUGGCUCAUACAUGACCUGGAGGCUAAUUGUGGCUAUGCAGUUUUGUACAAGUAUCCAAAAAAAAAGAUAAUUUAUACAAUAAAUUGUAUGUUUGUCUUCAUGUAAACGCAGAUUAAAUAAACAAAUCCUUGCAAGCA